UAUCGUAUCAGUAUUGUGCGUGGAUAAGUGAUCGUGUGUCGAGUUCGAAUAAUCGUGGAAAAGUUAUUUGGUUCAAUGUUACUGAUUUCGUUCGGGCAGAAUGUUUAUACGACGAGACGCAAAUAGUUGGAAGUUUAGAAGAUUAUGAAAAAUUAACACAAUUACAUGGAUGAAUGUGACUUGGGAACGAAGGGGGAGAGAAGAGGUCGACGAGUCAGUGAUGCUCGGGGGAAAUGAUUUUCGGCGGUGGCGCUACGGUUGGUCAUUUCCAUCUCCACCGUACGCCUCGAGCACUGUCUCCGUCACUGGCAAUUCCACCCCCUUCUCCGUUUCGCGGGUACCGACGCCUCCGCACGGCGCCGAUCAAUAACGUCGUUCUCGGCGACGCCGGCGUCGGGAGCGUCGCUGCGUGGAGGCAUCCGCAAGCGAUCGACGUGUCGCCACGAAUGUUGUACACGGCCGCGAUCUGAAAAGGAGCGUCGCGCGGGGUGAAAAAACGUCUGGGCAUGCGACCGACGCAUUUAUCGCCGUUUACCAGAACGCGACUUAUGUCAAGGAACCGCAGCAACGGCAACGUUCGCAGCCGGGAUCAGAGUGUUUCGGGACGGGACGAUCUUUAGGACCCACCCAAGAGCGAGAUGGCCAAGAACGUAGGGGAGAGCCGGAUACCGGUGCCACGGGCGGCACGACCAUCCUUCUUCCCGAAAUCGAAAAUACUGGGAACGCCGACGCUGAUACCGGGGCAUCGACGUUCUUUGGUGCUCUCGGGAUGUUUGCAGUUCGUCGACGCGGAGGACGAGUCAACCACGCCUAAAACCAAGUGCGUGCCACGGGCCGUAUCCACGCCGACGAUAGAAGAUUCGGGGCAGAAGACGUUCAAGAUAUCGCCUGUGUGGGAUAUUGACAAAGAUGACGUGCAACAGUUGGUUCACUUUGCCGAGGAGAAGAGCAACUUUUUCAGCUUGCUCGAGAACUCUCAGCUGAAUAUGAUCGAGGACACUGGAGAGAGCUGCCUCCUGGACUCGUCUUUGGGCUCUUACAAUGACAGCGCAGUGAACGCGACGCCGCACUAUUUGAUGCUCAACAAGCAGAACUCGUUCGAACACGACGAAAGUCUUGGUAUACUGACCCCCGACCAGAUGGCCGACUUCACAGUCGCGCUAGAGUGCUCGAGAACACCAUCCUGCGAGAAUCUUACGGGAUCAGCGGGCUCGAGAUUAGCGUUGACGCGUGCGUCUGCGUCGAGACCGUCGGUGGACGUCGAGCCGACCGAGGAGGCGUCCAGCGAGAGAACACCGUCUCCGGAGGAGCUUCCGCUCGACCCCAAGCCCACGGAACCCGUCCGCGGCACCGGCGUCCCGAUCAGUUUCGUCACGUCCGUGACGAGCAUCACCAGCCUCGAGGCUGGUUAUCAAGGCGACGGCGAGAACUCGAGGCCAGCGAGCCGCGGAGCCGAUCCGCCGUCCGUUGCGCCGCCACCGAAUCUUCCUGCCCCGUGCAGACAAGACCCGAUGACGGACUCGGACUUCUUCACGGAGAGCGACGCCGACGCGUACGAGGAGAUCGUACGCGGCGAUAGGAAGGCCCAGGUGAUCGAUGGUACGCUGUUCUGCGCGCCCGGCGGUCGAAGAUGCCCGAGCUUCACCGGAGAGGAGAUGGACUCGAGCGGAAUUUACUCGGACCUCGAUAAAAGACACGACGAACUGCAAGCCCCCGAAGAGCCCGUGGACAAGAACGAGGAUCAUACGCCGGACACCAUCGACACGGAGGUCUCGCAGAGAAGUCAGCCGUCGCCGGUUCACGCGGAGGUUAUCAUGAAUUACUUGCAGGUUGCUCCGAGUCCUUUGAAUGCGUCGGCAGAAUCGAACGGAUCGAUGAAUACCGCCACGGAGGUCACGGUGAUCCAGGUGGAGAGAAACAAUGACAAUAUGCGGUCGAAAGGCCAGAGCAAGGCCGACACGGUUCCUUUGAAGAAGUACAAAAUGCCUAAGAGGAAUGUGGUCUCGAAGAUCAAGGCGAUGAUCGAAUCCGGGCCAAAAGACGAGGCGGAGAAGGAGGCCCGGCGGUCGCAGAGGUCGUCUAGAAAGGGUGGACGUUGGGACGCGGUCAUGAGUAAAAUCGAAGCUGGCAAGAACGAGCAAAGAACGAGGCCGGUCAGGAAAGAGGUGAAGUCGAGGGUAUUGCAGAGCCUCGGUCAGCCAUCUUCCACGGGAUCGACGCAGAAAAAGGCUGGCGACGCUAAUAACAAUAACAACAAGGACAAGAGGAGAAUACGUGGCCGUCAAGAAAUGAAAUCGCCGAUCCAAGAAACUGCCAGAAGCUCCGUUCGUAGCUCCUUGAGUGAUCUCAGUACCGGACUCGGCAAGGACGCGUCAAAGAGAUCGCCAACGUCGGUGAAUCCACCAAGAAGACUGGUAGCCAAUGGACGCGGUAGCCAACAGAACCGUGUCAAUAGUUUCGAGAGCAAGAAGAACUGCGUAGAAAUGUCGACCAUCAAUCUCGAGAAAAGUCCGUCAGCUACGCGAAAGCCGACAAUAACGAGGAGAUUAACAACCACCAUCGCAGCGAAGCAACACGGUUCAACGACAUCGACGAAAGAUCGUGAAACCAAGGAGCACAGUAAUAACUAUGUAGUGACAAGGGCGUCCUUGGAGACGCGGGACCAGGCCGCACAAACGGACAUACCCUAUGAGGCGAUUCACGUGAAAAGGGCGGAACAAGUCAUACAGGCCCUUUCCAUCACCGUCAAAUAUCUGGCCUUUCAGUUGGACGCCUUUUCUACUCCAAAGUUAAAAAAAGAUUUCGAGAACAUGAAGACGGAAUGGAUGUCGUCGUGCUCGGAGAUCGAGGAGCUGAGAUCUAGAAACCUCGGCAUUGAAGAGAGGCUCGAGUCGGAGAGGGAGAGUCAUCGAAGAGCCUUGGACCAGCUUCGCGAAGAUCUGGAGGCACGUCAUGCGGAGCAAGUUGCUACCUUAGAGACUGCGCUGCAGGAGGAGAGGCGCAGGUGCGAGUUGAGGCUACGCGACUCCUUGAACGAGGCCGCGAAGGAACACCGAGCCGCGAUGGUAAAGCUGCGCUCGGAACAGGAGGCGGAAUUGUCGCGAAAGGAGGCCGAGUUCAAGAGAAGUUCGGUGGUGCACGAUCAAGGGGCCGCGCUCACCGCGGAGGUCGAGUCAUUGCGAUCGGUGCUGGAGCUGAGAAGCCAGGAGAACGCCACACUGAGAUCGGAAUUGGACAACAUCAGGCGAGAGAUCGAGGACAAAGAGGCUUUGCAGCAGCGCGCGGACACUCUCGAGGCCAGAUGCGAGGACUUGAAGGCGCAGCUUCAGUGCAAAGAGGCUUUCGAGAGGCAGCUAUCGCACGACAACGAGGUGCUGCACGAGUCGAUUCAUCAGGUCUCGAAGCAGAACAAGCGGCUGGCGCAACGAAACGAGGAGCUGCAAUGGCGAUUGCGUCAAAAAAACGAAGUGGUGACCGUUCUUGCGAACUUGACGCCUAGGCUGUCGCGGUCCCUUGGCCCGGAGCACGUCGAGCACAGUCUUUCAGCGGACAAGAACGGUCCACAAUCGUCAUCCAUGGUGAAGUUUAUGGUGGAGAAAGGUGACUCGGUCUCGUGGACGUUGGAGAUCGACGACGAGUUCUCGAAAGGAUCGGCGGAUGGAUCGCCGACGGCGACGCCGCCGAAAAUGGCCAGACCCGAGGCCGCGACGUCCGUGUCGCGGCAGGGAUCGCUUAGAUUGACUUCCCGUAGGCCUUCCGUGGACAUGAGGGCUAGAUCGAAAAGUAUCUCCGUUACGGAUUCCGCCCGUGUAGAGGAGUCCCCGUGGUCGCCGACGUGCAACUCCACGCCGAUCGCUCGACGAAGACCACGGAGCGAUCCGUCUUCUUCGUCCUCGUCCACCUCCUCGUCGUCCUCCUCCUCUUCCUCGGCAGCUACAAACUCUUCGUCCACUACAAAUUCCGCGGUGGCCGUCGCUGUUGCCGCCGCCGCGGCAGCUGCGGCGGCCGCCGAAGAUUGCGGCGCCGGUCAGAGACCGCAGGAGGCCGGCGGCGAGGCGAUGAUCUCCGAGGAGGCGUCCGCCACGAGCAGCGAGGACGAGUUGUCCACCAGCAGCGAUAUUCCUCCGUUGCCGAUACAGUUCGCCUGGGGUAAACCGAUCAAGUAACGUUCCGGCCGCCCCUUAGCUUGUCGCGCGAUAUUGCUUCGAUCGCGAACGGCUACGCGAUUCGAUCGUAACAACAAGUUCAUCCGUGUAAUCGCCACGGUGUCCGGCGGCAAUUGCCCCGACUAUUUCCAAGGAUAAACGACGUCGAAUAUCCUCCGCGCGGAAACGAACGUUUUCUCGCGGUUCUUUCAAACGUUGUACGCGCAUUUUUUCUAUUACCUCUCUGUACCUGUAACUUGUACGUAUGAUCGCGAAGAGACAGGGAAGCGUAUAGCCGGUGGAGGACACUGUACCAACUCGUAAAUUAAGUAACGCGCGCAAACUAACGGAAGCAUGUUUGGAUAGCAGAAAUUAGGCUGGACGUACAUUGAGUGCAGGUGACCGCAGCGCAGCAAACAAUAUUGAAAACGAUAUUAUACUUUUCUUUUUCUUAUUGGACACCAAUCGUUCCAUCGAUAGAAUUUUUCGAUAUUGCAUCUUUGAAACCCAUUUAACUACGUUACAAUCUCUGUAGUAACGACGACCAUUUAUGGCAAUUGAACACAGCUUCCUCGUGCGUAGUACCCCUUUGACAUUGUAAAGUGUGUGCCUAACGUGAAUUUUAUGAACAAACAUAUCUGGAUAAUUGUGACGACGAAAGGUUCAUUCGAAGUAUCGAAAUUUAAUUAUAGACGAAUAACGAGACACGGGGGCGGGUACGAAAAAUGUCCCCUUACUAUUUAAAUCGCGCAAAAAUAUGCGAUGUUUUACAUCAUUUGCAAAAUGCUAAGCGCGUCAUCGUGAGUUCAAUGUGUGUCUCGUGUCGAGGAUCCAAACGAGAGGGUUCGAUAAAACUAUAACUGAUCGACCGUGCGUGUCCUUACGAAUUAACUUGAGCUUAAAUACGAUAGCUUGAGCAUGCCCUAAGGAGUUCGCUACGUGUAUCUUUUCCGCCGACUAGACGUACGUUUUCGAUAUCGUUUCGAAACGAUUGUGGAUCAACAGCGAGAUCAACGCGAGGAUAAAGAAGUUAGUGUUUGUUCAAGCACGUAGAUUAGGGAUGAUUUUUACGGUGUGGCAGGGUUUUCAAAUUAUGACUGUUGCGUUAACCACGAUUGCUGAGCUGACUUCUUCUAUCUUUGCAUCGACUCGGCGUUUUCUCGAAUCCAGAAGUUCAUUAUUAUAUACGAGAGAUCGCGCGGAACGGACGGUCCUUUGCUUCGCUAACCGUAUGUUGUACCGAUAUCGUUUUAAAUAUACGUAUUUUAUAACCGCAGAGUAUAUUUUUUGCGAUCUUAGGUACUAAGGGAGUUUCGUUCACUUUUUUCGAAUGAAGCAUACGAAACGAAUGAAAUCAGACAGCAUGGAUUCGAUUCUGCUGUGCACGAAACGAAAAUUACUUUGUCCUUUAGGAUAGAAAAAAUGCGCGUAAAAGUUCGGUUUAUUCCGUUUGAUAAUCUGUCGUCGGUUUCGAUGAUGGAUGUUUACGGGCUACCAGCGAUUUACGAGUCCCACGUGUAUUUCUCUGAACCGAAACGAAUCGGGUCUCACACUGUUUGUUUGAUUCGCGACACUUUUACACAUGUCCGUUUUAUAAGGUAUAAUGCGUUUAUAUUACAUCUGUACAUAAACAACAACGAUGUUUAUAAAUUAAUUAGUCUUUAUCGCAACCAUUGUAAAUAGACAACGACCGUCAGUCAAAUCGAUGAUCCUGUCCUCGAGAAAAGAGAAACGUCGAUGAGCCACUCACUGCGCUUACGAAGAACACUAAUUCGUCGUUGAUAUGCAGCUUACCGAACAAUACGAUUAUCGUGGUUCGUCGCAUUGAAAUCGAUUACUUUUCCUGCCCCUUUACCCGUCUAUCGAACGUAACGUAUUUUACAUUGAAACAAUGAUUUUUUCGUAACGUUGAAUUUUUAUUUCGACACUAAUCACGACGAUGUAUUAUCAUUCAUGAUACAUUAUCGACAUGGAAAGAGGAAGCUGAUAAUAUUCUUAAAGUUACAUACGUUUUAUUGCCAAACGCUGAUGAAAUCGAUGCAAUUUAUCUGUAACCCCCCGUUUUACGUACAACAUCAGAUCUACAGAUGCUAAUGGUAUUUCAGGUACCACUUGUUAACCGACUGCUGCAUCGAAGGAUAGUCAGUCACUGAAUAAACAGUCGAUUAAUUGAAAAUGAAACUCCGUUCCACGGACAACUGGAAAAGUAUGUUCGGUAGCAGUAGUAUAGGAAUAAUUGGAAGGUGUCGAAUAUAAGAAAAAAAGCAAGUAUUAUUCGCCGAGAAGUGUGUUCUCUCUCUCACAUGUG